GCAGGACUAUAGCAUGAGGCGAAGACCACACAAUCCAUCAUUAUCAUGAGGACACCCAAAUUGGAAGCCCUAGCUCAAACACUAUUCAAAUUGCAAUCAUACAUAAGACUAAUUUAAUUGAUUCAAAAGAAGGUUUAAACACAACAUUAUUUUGAUAAAAGCCAUUUAACAUAAUUUUAGUGUAGAGAGGAAAUGGGAAGAAGGCAUGGAGGGGGAGGGGAGGAAACCAAAGGCUGUGUUCAUGGCCUUCGGCACCAAAGGCGACGUUCACCCUAUUGCUGCCAUUGCUUCAGCUUUUGCUAGUGACCAAAAACAGUACCAUGUGGUUCUAAUAACUCAUUCAGCACACAAGAACCUAACUGCUCAUUUGGCAGGAAAAAAUGUUGCUUAUUUUCCAAUUUCAUCUCCACCAGUUCUUUCUAUCCAUGAAAAUCAUGACACUGAAGGUUCCCUGGAGUCUUUUUCUCUGCAGAAAAGAAUAAUUACAAGAGAACAUAGACAAGAAUGCUUUUCAGUGGUUGAAACGAUCUUUGGGGAAGAACCAAGCAUGGAGGGUGAUUUUAUUGUGAUAAAUUUCUUUGCAUUGGAAGGGUGGAGCCUUGCAGAACUUUUUCAUGUGCGAUGUAUUGUUGCUGCUCCUUAUGUUGUUCCUUAUAGUGCUCCUUCAUCAUUUGGGCAUCAUUUCAGAAAAGAGCUUCCCCUUUUGUAUGAAUAUCUUCAAGAAGCUCCCACUGAUAAGGUUUGUUGGAAAGAUGUAACCCACUGGAUGUGGCCGCUUUUCACUGAAGAUUGGGGAUCGUGGAGAAGUGAUGACUUGAAUCUAAGCCCCUGGCCUUUCACAGAUCCAGUAACAGGUCUUCCAAUGUGGCAUGAUAGGUAUCCGUCUCCUGUGCUAUUAUAUGGAUUCAGCAAAGAAGUUGUUGAAUGCCCUGGUUAUUGGCCUUCAAAUGUUCGGGUUUGUGGCUUUUGGUUUCUGCCUAUGGAAUGGGAGUUUUCAUGUAACAAGUGUGGAGAAAUUUCAGCUUCAAUUUCUUUAAGGCGAGUAAAUGCAGAAGUUGAAAUGUGCUCUGCACAUACCAUGUUGCAAUCUUUUCUGAAGACCCCUGCACCAAUGCCACCUGUUUUCAUAGGUCUGAGUUCUGUUGGAAGCAUGGGUUUUUUGAGGAACCCCCGAGAAUUUCUUCAGGUUAUCCUUACUGUUUUGGAUAUCACAAAUUAUAGAUUUAUCCUUUUCUCGGCUGGCUAUGAACCAUUGGAAGCAGCAGUUAAAGUAAUUGCUGCUGAAGCAUCAUCAAGUUUGGAAAGGAGAGAGUCCAGUGAAGAUGGGAUCUUUCUCUUUGGUGGCAGACUUUUUUGCUUUUCUGGUACCAUGUCAUACAACUGGUUGUUCCCAAGAUGCAGUGCUGCAAUUCAUCAUGGUGGCAGUGGAUCUACAGCUGCAGCACUAAAAGCGGGAAUCCCACAGGUAUUAUGUCCAUUUAUGCUGGAUCAGUUCUAUUGGGCUGAGAGGAUGUUCUGGCUUGGAGUUGCCCCAGAACCACUGAAAAGAAACCACUUGUUUCCAGACAAAAAUGAUGGCACAAGCAUCAGGGAAGCUGCUGUUGUGUUAUCAAGAGCCAUAGAUUAUGCAUUAUCUCCUAAAGUGAAAGCACGUGCAUCAGAAAUAGCUGAGAGAAUUUCUCUUGAGGAUGGAGUAUCAGAAGCAGUGAAGAUCCUGAAGGAAGAGAUUACUUGUAAAAAUUCUACAAACUCCUAGCACUUUUGGCCUUUUGAUCUUCAUUUCAUAUUAAGCCAUUGACUAGUUGUGAACCCCAUGAAUAUACGUAAAACUCUCUGUUAUAAAUUAUAACUAGGAAUUGUAUGAAAUCAUAUAAAACUUAGGUGAAAGAAAAACCAGUAAGAAAUUGAUGUAACUUCAGAGAAAA